AUGUUUGGACGAACCAUUGCCCGUCAGCUCUCCCCGACGGCUUUGCGCCGGUCGGUAUCCACCUCGGCCGGCUCCGGACUCCAGAUCAACUCGGAUUGUCUGCUGGAAACAAUUCAUCGCACUUGUGAAUGGGUGCGACGAUGGCUGCAAGAUGAAGUGGAGAAGCUCGACUGCAAGGUUACUAUCGAUCAUAUGUGCAACAUGUUUGCCAAACAGCAAGGAUCUUUGGGAUCGCCCGCGCCUAUGACGGCCAUGGGAAGCCAUCUCGACACCCAGCCCCGGGGCGGUCGCUACGACGGCAUCCUCGGUGUCAUCGCCGCCCUGGAGGUCUUACGAACCAUGAAAGAGCAUGGAUAUCGCACUAACUAUGACAUCGGGCUGGUGAACUGGACCAACGAGGAAGGGGCCCGAUUCCCCAAGUCGAUGUGCUCGUCGGGUGUCUGGGCCGGGGCCGUUCCCGUGGAGAGCGCCUGGGGAUUGACCGACAUCUUCAACCCGGCUGUCACCCUGCGCUCCGAGCUCGAACGCCACGGCUUUUUCGGGCAGGGCCCUAUCUUGGAAGAGGCUGGCAAGUCUGUAGGGGUGGUGCGCGGUGCCCAGGGAUACCGCUGGCUUACCAUCACCGUGGCUGGUCGCGAUGCCCACACCGGCACGACACCACUGGCGGCGCGUCGGGAUCCGUUGCUGGCCGCGUCCAAGAUGAUCGUGGCUUCCAACGCAGUGGCGAAGAAGUACAGCGCACUCGCUUCCACGGGGGUCUUGAAGCUGCCACGCAGCUCGUCAACCAACACGGUCGCGUCGGGUGUGACCUUUACUCUCGACAUUCGCCAUCCCCAGAAUCAUAUCGUGCAUGCCGUCCAGGAUGAAUGCCUGCAGGCGUUUGCGGACAUCGCUCGUGAGGACGGCAAGGGCGUGUCAUUCCAUUGGACACUGGAUACCGACUCCGCGGCAGUGGAGUUUGACGAGAACUGCCUCACGGCCGUCAAAAACGCGGCCACACACUUGGUUGGUGCACACAAGUGGAUUGAAAUCACCAGCGGUGCAGGCCAUGACAGCGUCUACACUAGUCGACACUGUCCCACUGCCAUGAUCUUUGUUCCGUGCAAGGAGGGGGUGAGCCAUCAUCCCGAGGAAUACUGCAGUCCAGCCGAUUGUGCUCUCGGCACGCAAACUCUGCUGGAGACAGUCGUCAACUAUGACCGGAUGAGAAGAGAGCAGAGCUAG